CAUGAAGGGCGGACAAAAUCCAUAGAUGUUGUCGGAUGAUGGAUUAGCGCCACCUGUUACAUGAUCUAUGGAUUCUUGCGGGCCGUCCAACGUCCAUUUUGGGCCGAUCAGAUUCGGCUUGCUUCGGAACGGUUAUGAUGAUCAGACGCCACGUUCUCCGCUAAUUAAGCCGCCAAAACGGAACGGACACGUCCCGUCGCUUCCCGUUAUUUUCCUUCGUGCUGUCGCUUCUCCGCCAUCAAACCUUCUCGACUUCUCCCUCCCUGAAACCCUUCCCGAGUCAUUGUGCCGGUCACCGAAGAAAGGAGAAGAAGAGAGACGUAUGGCUUCGUCUUCCGCCCUGUGCAUCAUCAUGAUGGCCACCAUGUGCUCCCUCGUCGGAGCCACCAACCUUUACAGGGUUGGCGACGCCGAGGGAUGGCGGGAGCCGGACAAGAACGACGCCGCCAUGUACGACACUUGGGCUGGCAAGUACGCGUUCCGCGUCGGCGAUUCGCUCGCGUUCGACUACAAGAACGACUCUGUCGUUAGGGUCAGCAAACGAGGAUACUACCAUUGCAAUGAGACCGGAGGUGGGUCGGCGUCCAAGGACGGCAGCACAGUCUUUCUCCUGGACCAGCCCGGAUUCUACUACUUCGUCAGCGGCGACGUCGACCACUGCAAGAGGGGACAGAGAGUGAUGAUAGAGGCAUUGGAUGCUCAGCGACCUCCUGCGGCUGCCGGGCCGGCGCCAUCUCCGCUUCCGAGUUCUGCAGUCUCAUGGACAGCAACAGCUGCGUCUCUUCGUGACAUGGUGGCGCUUGGUUCCCUUCUAUUCGUGGCUUCUUACUGCUCAUAUCUAUCAUAGAUAGUGUCUCUGUUUCGUUUAGGCUUACCAAACGAGGGAUUAUGGUUGAGAUCUUUGGUGUCUGCUAUAUUAGUCUGCAACUUCUUCAAGUGUUUUCUUAAUCUUCGU